AUAUUUCCUCCUUUCAUUCCCAUCUCUCUUCACCAAAAUAAGCUUUUGAAUCUCAUGCUUUAAAGCUUUCACCUCAUCUUAUUUCUCCUCUCUAUUCUCUUCUUUUUCUGCUUUUCUUUGUUGCAGAUUGAGAGGCAGACUUCCUUUGUCAGCUGAACUUUUCUUCUUUCUUUCUUUCUUUUCCAAUAUUCUCUAAUACAUGAAUAUAUAAAGAAGAUAGUACUGCUUGAUUUGGUGUAUUGUUUCUCUUGGGUUUGCAACUGGAAUAUUUUCUUUUGAACUGUGGCCAUGUCUUUCAGUGGCACCCAAGACAAAUGUAAGGCAUGCGACAAGACUGUCCAUUUCAUUGAUCUCUUGACGGCGGAUGGGGUUCCCUAUCACAAGACCUGCUUCAAAUGCAGCCACUGCAAAGGAAACCUUACGAUGUGCAGCUACUCUUCCAUGGAUGGAGUCCUCUACUGCAAACCUCAUUUUGAGCAGCUCUUUAAGGAGACAGGCAGCUUCACCAAAAAAUUCCCAACAGGUGCAAAAUCUGGGGAUAAGAAUGAACUGAAUAGGACUCCAAGCAAGGUGUCCUACAUGUUCUCUGGGACCCAAGACAAGUGUGCCAGCUGCAACAAAACAGCAUACCCUCUGGAAAAGAUAACUGUGGAGGGAGAGUCAUACCACAAGACCUGUUUCAAGUGCUCCCAUGGGGGGUGCACCCUUACACCUUCAUCCUAUGCCGCGCUUGAUGGCAUCCUCUACUGCAAACACCACUUUGCACAGUUGUUCAAGGAGAAAGGAAGCUACAAUCACCUAAACAAGGCUGCUUCGAUGAAACGGAGUGCUGCUAUUGAGCAAGAGCAAGAGCAAGCACUGGCGGAGACGGCACCUGAGCUCGAACAGGACCAAGAGCAAUCAUAGAGGCAUGCUGCUUUAUAGAUCAACAUAUUCUCCUUUGUUUCCUUUUUUUUUUUGGCCUUUCUAAGUUUGGCUCCUCUAGCUUUGUGAUUUUUCCCUUUUUUACAUCUAUAUACAUGGCUUGUGAUAAUGAAAAUAAAUGGUGAGCUUGCAUUUACUUGUUUACUUGACAAUGUAAGAUCUUCAAACCAAAGAAAUACUUGGAACAUGGCUUCAAGCUAAGGUCACAAGUUUGCCUUA